AUAUCGACAGAUUAUAUGUAAUUAUUAAGAUAGGGCGGAUACUUGUCCCAUUUAGUUGAAUUAAAUCGGAAAAUUCGGAUAGGCUGGAUUAAAACCUUGUUUUCUACCAUACCGAAAGGAUUGCUUUAAUUUGUACUUUAUUUUCUAUAUAGUGAACGUGUUUGGUAACAUCAAUUUGUUACAUUCAGUAAAAUACAAGUGUAUGACUGGAUUUUUUUCUUGUAUUUUCUAACAAGAGUGCGAAAAGUAAACGAGGAACAAUGAUGCACCAUUUACCUCUUAGUUUUUACUACACACCGGAACAACUUAAGAAUUUCUACAAUUCUGAGCAGCUUAAAUUACUUUAUGGCAGUGAGCAUCUUAAGGCAGCUUAUGGACAAGAACAGUUGAAAGCUUUGUAUAAUCAUGAACAAUUAAAGACAUUAUGUAGCGCGGAGCAGCAGCUGAAAAAUUUGUGUAAUCAGGAGCAGCUAAAGUCACUACCCGGGAGUCCGGAAAGUAUAAAAGCUAUGCCAACAUCUCCACUACUGGCCGGAAGUCCUCCGUCAACUUCAGGAUCAUCUUUGUUCUCCAUUGAUAACAUACUCUCACAGAACCGUCCUCUUCUAGCGCAUAGACCAACACCAACAUAUCCGUACCCGUAUCCUCCAAUGCCGCAUCUUGCUCCAGAAAUGUUUGCCGCGGCAUAUCAUCCACUUCAAAGCUUUUUGAAUCCAAUGGAUCUAAUGCGAGCUGGUCAAAAACGAAAGCGUCGUCACAGGACUAUAUUCACAGAGGAACAACUGGAAGAAUUAGAAAAUACCUUCAACAAAACACACUACCCUGACGUGUUACUCCGCGAGGAACUUGCCAUGAAAGUUGACCUGAAGGAAGAGAGGGUUGAGGUCUGGUUUAAAAACAGACGAGCAAAGUGGCGCAAAACAAAACGCGAGGAAGAGGCAGCUAGGCGUUCUGAUGAUAUAAAAAGGAAGACCCAGCAGACGACAUCUGAAUCGUCUGUUAAAGACUCUUCUGAACGCGUAUGCGUUGACGUGUGUGACGACAAAGAAUCUGUGUCUGAUAAUGAACUAGGAGCCGCAUCAGAACUUUCUUAUUCCUCUAAAGAUAACAGAAAUGACAGUUUUUGUGAAAGCGAUGUUUCAUGUCCAUCUAGUCCAGUAAAUAUUACCUAUAACACCGUUUCCGGUGAUGAACAAGAACUUCCGCAUGAUCGGUCAAGGGAGGGUUCGUCAUGAUACCUCAGUGAAAUCUGUUGAUAUUUUAUUUAUUUGGCCAUAAGAUUAUUAAGCAGUAGGGUUUCUUGGCAUUCAAUGAUUAAAUGUGUCGGUUGGAGCGUCAGGCGGAAGUUGUUCAAAGUGCUGUGUCAGACGUAGACUUCAUGCAAGACUCCAUAAUAAGGCGAAGUCGAGGUGGAAACCCCGUUUCUUUAAUAACAUUCAGUCGGCGGUUUGUGAUAUGUAUAUAAGAGUAUAUAAUAUAGAAUUUGUGGGUUGCGAAUGUGUAAUGUUUUCUUUAUAUUAUUGUUUCAUUGAGAGGUCUGACUAACCGUGGAUAAUUGCAUAAUACUCAUUAAAAUAAAUUCAAGAAACAA